GCACGAGUAGCACGACUGCAUUGUUUUACAGUUCAAUUUGUUUAUCAAGAACAAACGGCAGAUAAUUAUAAAUAACAUUAGUAAAUUAAAAGCGAAGCGUGGGCUCGAGUUAUCGUGUAAGCCAUACAAGGAGAAUUAACAAAAACAAUAAUAGACCAUGAAUAUUGUGGCGAAAAAACAGCACCGAGGCAAAAGCUUGAAACUCAGCUUUUCCAUAAUUUACAAAUAUGCAACGUCUAAUGAAAAGUUAAGCGAGGUCUUCAAUAUCGAUGACUUAGCUGAGGUGCGAUUUAGAUUCGUAUCCUCUACUGAUACCCUCAGUACAUUUUUGUCCAUAAAAAAACAUGCUUCAGCUAAGGACACCACUGUCAAAGUUGAUGUUAAAAGCGAGGACCUAGGCUACACCCAACAAUGGGUGUGCACCGAACACUGGGUCGAUUGGCAAGACAUGGGUGUAAAGCCAACUAUGACUGCGGUUGACAAUUACUUGGUCGCAUUCCGAAUCAAUAUCACUCUGAUUGAAGAGAAAUGUUUCAACGCUCCGAACAUUUAUGAAGAUGACGACUUUACUGACUUUCAUCUGAGCACAGCCGAAGGCCGUGUGGCAGUGCACAGAGUUCACCUCGCAUCUCACAGCGAAGUGUUCAAGACGAUGCUCGGCCAUGAGUGGAAGGAGACCGCUGAAGGCAAUAUACAGGUAGAGGGAGUAACGCUGCAGACCCUUAAGCAUCUGAAGCAGUAUAUAUACUUGGGCACCCUGCCUGAUGAUGGGCUGCGUCAACUGCUGCUGAUUGCUAGAUACUACCUGAUUGAUAAUCUCAAGUCGGCAUGCAUUUCUAAGCUGGCCAGGACAGCAACGCCUGACAACCUGGAGGACCUUCUGGAGUUUGCUAUUGAUAACAAAAUAACUGAGUUGGCUUUAGCCAUUCUGCAGUUGACUCCUGAUGAUGUUGUAGAUGGAGCUUAUCAAAUGAAGAAAAAGGAGCCAGCAAGUGGACAGAACAGUGGAAAAUAAUUUAUUUUCACCCGGGCGACAUAUUUUUUUAAAAUAACAUCGUU